CGACAGGGGAGGCUUAAAGAGACAACAGCAAGCCCACAGCAAGGCAGAAGAGACAUGAAAUCGGACGGUCGCUAUGUCCACCACCUUUCGAUAACCCGCAUUUAAAGACAUCCAGCUGACAUUGAACCUGGUGGCGGCUUAUCUUUUUCCUUGACUCUGCUGCUAACUCUACAUUGCCUCCCCUACUGUGGCCCUGCAUCAUGGAGAAUAUCUGCUGUCUCACCAUAGACUGACCAGAAGGAAUGAGGCGCUCUGGGGGACGUUGCCAAGCGGCCUCGUGGAUGCAGUAGCUGGAAUUCAGAGUGCUUGUCUAUGACCAGUAUUGUGAGUGUGCGUGGGCACAUCCUAGCACAACCUGCCCACUUCAGGCAGGGACAUGCUACUCUGAGAGUGGAGUUGGAGGAAAGGACAACAAAGGAACCUAUUUGGUAAAACAAGGAACCAGAAGAGAGAACAGGGAAGCACUCUUUGAAAGGGCUGUCUGAUAGACACUCAAGGCGCUUAGGCUGUAGUUUCAGCCCAUUUAAGUGUCUUCUGACCUGGUACACAUUUUAAAGGCAACACCUCCUGUCUUGUAAAAUUCCCUUCCCCUCCCUGAAGUGUCCUCUGAUUGUUGUUUUGGAGUUUCUAUGGUUUGCAUGGCCGGGGAAUAAUCGUGGAGAGGCCAGGGUAUCACAAGCUUAUGGAUUUUGACAAGAGAGGGGGAAAGGGAGAGACAGAGGAAGGGAAAAAGAUGUCUAAGGCAGCAGGCGGCAGGACUGGACAUGGGGGGCGGGGUUCAGGGACCAACUCCGGGGUUCUAAUGGUUGGCCCAAACUUCCGUGUUGGAAAAAAGAUUGGCUGCGGCAAUUUUGGAGAACUGCGGCUGGGAAAGAACCUCUACACUAAUGAAUACGUGGCCAUCAAGUUGGAACCUAUAAAGUCCAGGGCACCACAACUCCAUUUGGAGUAUAGGUUUUACAAACAGUUGGGAAAUUCAGAGGGAAUCCCUCAGGUGUACUACUUUGGUCCCUGUGGGAAAUACAACGCCAUGGUGCUGGAGCUGCUUGGGCCCAGUCUAGAAGACCUGUUUGACCUCUGCGAUCGCACCUUCUCCCUCAAGACCGUCCUCAUGAUAGCCAUACAGCUGAUAACUCGAAUGGAAUAUGUGCACACCAAGAGUUUGAUAUACAGAGAUGUGAAGCCAGAGAACUUUCUUGUUGGGAGGCCUGGAAGCAAGAGGCAGCACACUAUCCACAUCAUUGACUUUGGUUUGGCCAAAGAGUACAUAGACCCAGAGACUAAAAAACACAUCCCCUACCGGGAGCAUAAGAGCCUGACUGGCACGGCACGCUACAUGAGCAUCAACACACACUUGGGCAAAGAACAAAGCAGAAGGGAUGACCUGGAAGCUCUGGGUCACAUGUUCAUGUACUUCCUGCGGGGCAGCCUCCCCUGGCAGGGCCUAAAGGCGGACACACUGAAGGAGAGGUAUCAGAAAAUUGGGGACACCAAACGAGCCACACCCAUCGAAGUGCUUUGUGAGAGCUUCCCCGAAGAGAUGGCCACGUACCUGCGCUACGUGAGGAGGCUGGACUUUUUUGAGAAGCCUGAUUAUGACUACUUGAGGAAACUCUUCACUGAUCUAUUUGACAGGAAUGGCUAUGUCUUUGAUUAUGAAUAUGACUGGGUCGGCAAGCCACUCCCCACCCCAAUAGGCCCCAUCCCCAGUGAUACACCACUGCAGGCCAGCAGCAGAGACAAAGCACAACAGCAAACCAAAAACCAGGUGAUGAGCUCAACGAAUGGUGAGCUAAACACUGAUGAUCCCACCGCUGGACACUCCAACGCUCCCAUCACUGCUCCCACUGAGGUUGAAGUGGCUGACGAAACCAAGUGCUGUUGUUUCUUCAAAAGAAGAAAGAGGAAAGCCCUCCAGAGGCACAAGUGAAAGAAGAUAACUGAGAGAGAACUUGAAACAUUCUGGUCACUGUCGAGUUUUAAAUGGAAGCAACUACACAGAUCACCAUCUCUUAUCUCUUUCCAAACCGCCCCCCCCUCCAUCCCUCAUUUCAUCUCUCUUUCAACCCCUCUCACAUUACCUCCUCCUCUUUCACUCUUCUUUCCCCAUAUUCUCUUUUUCAGCGCUCCCCUGCUUCUGGCGAGUAAAGGAAUGUUGUAGUCCUACUGAUGCCGCAACAGACUGGUUCCUUUUUAAACUAAAGAAAAAUAAAUUAUCUGCAUUGCAAAGGGGGCUUGAGAAAAAGUAAAAAGCUGUAACAAUGAAAUGCGAAUACCGUGACGUGAAUAUGAAAAAAAGAUACUGUUUGAAACAGUUGUUGUAUUCUAGAUUCCAUAAAGAACAUGUAUUGUUCCAACAGUUAGCCGUUGGUCUGGGGGAGCCGUCAUCGGCUUGAGUGAAAGAAAUCCGCUCCUUAGAAAAUAGUUCUUUUUGUGGGAACAAGGUAAGAGGCAAACGUGAACUACACUAAUGUUGAAUCUGAAAUCACUGAGACACAAGGAAGCAUUUCAUUGAUAAAGCAGAAUUUGAAUUUUUAUGUAAAAAAAAAAAAAUCCCCCCUUUUUUGUAAUCGAAUCCUCAGUUUUCAAAGUCGGAUCCCUGGGUUGAAAACAAACUUGCUUUUAUGUUGUAGUGUUCUGGAUUUUUUUUUCUCUCUCUCAUUCUGGCUUUCUUUUUGUCUGUCAAUGUGGACUUUGUAGCACAGUCACUGGCCUCAGGUACUGUGGAAGAUUGAGAGAAACAGAUAUUAAGCUCUCUUAUAUUGCACUUUUGGGGGGAAAAAAGCAUACAGUGAAAUUUUAGGUUGGAGUUUAACAAUUAAGAAAACAUAAUAAAGACUGAUCUAGGAAGAGUCAUUCACAAGGCUUAUAUCUGAGUUAUGGCUGAAAAUGUUACAUGGAACAAGAUGUCUUUCGAUUUUAUUUCUUACAUCAAAAUAAUUUACCAGGAAAUCAUAGUUUGUGCCUUUCCAAGUAAAAUGUUUAAAUCUCAAGCGAGUGUCCAGCAAUGAGAUUUUAUCUUACCUGUCCUGUAUGUGAUCACUGGAUUUCUGUAUGUAUGUGUGCGUGCCUGCAUUCAUGGGAGUAUAUUGCAAGUUAAGGUGCACAGGGAAACGUGUAGUGAUCCCCUUCCAUCGUCCAUUGACACUAAUUACACCUCUUCAUCUUCUGCAAUGACAAUCAAGACAUCUGUACGAUGGGGGUGGGCUUGGUUUCCACCGACUGCUGCAAAACCACAUUGGAAAGAAAAUCUACUGUGUGCAUAGUGCCAGCUCAAGAAUGAUGACGACCCGAGUCUGUUUGUACGUUUUGAUUUUUGGUCACAGGUAAAGACAUGCACCUUUUGUUAGAUUUAUCUGUCGGUUACUUGGUUAAGUUACUCUCUUAAGAUCAAGGUUCUGCUGUUGCAGCGCCCAAGCAGAAGAAGUCACCUAAACAUAUACUGGAUUUGAGACGCAACUGUUCUUUGAGUCGCUGCUGUGUCAUUUCUCUUAACAUGAAUGUUUUUUUUUCCUUGGCCUAAAAUGAGAUGUGUGUGUGGCAAAUUGGUGCUCUGUCUUCUUCGUCAUGUACAGCCCGUUGAACUUGAGGUGGCCAUUUUUAUGGCCUUGAGUACACAGGUUUUCCAUUGCAGCCUCCAAACGUGUAUGAUUCCAUUGUAAUUUUCAAUGUUUUAUGUUCAGUUAUUACGCAAGACGUUUUCACCACCGUGACAACACCUAGUGGUUGAAAAUGAGCAAUGGCCAUGAGAAACCAUAACGUGUCACAUGAAUGAAGGUCUAAAAAAAAGAUUUUUCAGGAGACUUCAGUUUUCUGUUAAAAAUCUGUAUCAGCACCCAGUAUGGAGUAGAAAAGUUUCUCACAUUGUAAACCAAACUGUUUUGGGCUCCUUUAAAAAGAAAAGAAAAAAAGAGAAUGACACUGUGCUGGUACUGUGUCACCCAGCAGCAAACACAGCAAAGACUCUUAUGUGUUAGGGAAGCAAAAUGUUUGAGCUUUUCAUAAUCUGAGGUGGAAAAGAAGUAUCUAUUUGGAGGAUAUGUCGUGCCAUUGUCUAAUUUGUUCAUUUUUUUUUUUUUGGAAAGUGGUACGCUAUAUUCCCCCAGAAACUGCAGAGUAACGGACUUCUGAGUUGUCUACCUUGAAGGGAGAUUAACAUUGAGUUGGAUAAGCAUGAACUGGGAGAAGGGGGGGUGGCCAUGCUUGAAUCACUAAUCACGUUAACCAGAGCAACCCACCUCUUUGCUAAAAUGAAUUUGACGCCGACGAUUUGUCAUAGUCACACACAACCGCAGUGGGGUCAGUCUGUUUCUGAGGCCUUCACUUGGCGGAGCUGGAUGAGGGGCCUCGGUCCGCAGGGGCCGUCCGGGCGGCGAAUCCAAAGACGCGCUCAUCCUUCAUAGGGAUUUGGCAUCUUUUUUUUUUCUUUUUGUGAGUAAUUCACUUCCCCAAACAGGUUCAGCUGACUACCGUGAGGGUCUCUGACAAUCCUCACAUUGGAUUUGUCAUACAGUCCCCACCGCAUUUUUCUUUUUUUUCCCUCGGGUGUGGGGACAGCGUUAUAUUCUGGAGAUGCUCAGACCAAGGUUGAACUGUGUUUUGCUUAACAUUUGUUAGCGUAACCAUUUGCAUCAUGAAACUGUAAAUAUGAAAUAGACAGAUCUUUACUUGUGAAUAAAGGAACUUUUA